AUCUGUAAUAACGAUAAGGACUGCAGUGUCUGGAAUAGACAAGAGUUAUGUUGCGAUAUUUUCGGAUCAAAAAGUUGUGUCUCAGGUAUGCAGAAACCCUUAGAAGAAAGUUCUCAUGCACCCAUAUUGGGUAUCAUACCACGUAAAUGCCCCACUCGUCCUCUAGCUGAAUUAUGGUGGUCCGUGCAAGAAUGUCAAACCGAUAUGGAUUGUUGGCCGCGUGUAUGUUGCCCAGAUGGACAAAAACGUUAUUGUCGAACUUCACAACCUGAAUUAGAGAUUGCACCCGUACCGGUCAAACGUUCUUUCAAUUACUUGUCAGAAUAUCUUGAAUGUACACCACCUCCACCACCGAUAUUUGAUUUACAUCCUAAAGCUUGCACGUCUACUUUGGACUGUUUUCCGAAUGUUUGCUGUCAAGAGGCUGGCCUACGUCACUGUCGACCACCAAAGAAAUCUGUGCUUACUUUAAUGGCCAAUUUCUUGAAUGUUGGCUUUGUACAGCGAUUGGCCCAAAAUAUUGUAAUUAAGUGAUAUUGUUCUAAUUAUUUUUUUAAAACCUAAUUAUUAAAAAGUGGAUAUGUUACUAUUUGUAUACUGUUUGUUAGUCGUCUGUAAAUGAACUUAUCUUGUUAUGAUUUGUAUAUAUUGAAAAAU